UUUACCUUAAGCGCCGCACUCUUCCAGCAGCUCCGCGGCAAGAUGAAGGACGAAGACGAUUUCCGCCUAUCCAAGGCGGCCGAGAACCAGUUGGCUCGCACACUGCGCAAUGAGGAGAGCGGGCGUACGCGUCACACGGGCCGUGAUGAUCGUGCCACUACGGAACAGGUGCUGGACCCACGCACCCGAAUGAUCCUGUACAAGAUGCUGAACCACGGCAUCGUGACGGAGAUCAACGGAUGCUUGAGCACGGGUAAAGAGGCCAACGUGUAUCACGCGCGACUGCCUGAUGGCCGUGAGGGCGCCAUCAAGGUCUACAAGACGUCCAUCCUGGUCUUCAAGGACCGCGAGAAGUACGUUUCAGGUGAGUUUCGCUUCCGCCACGGCUACUCCAAGAGUAACCCGCGUAAGAUGGUCAAGCUUUGGGCCGAGAAGGAGAUGCGUAAUCUGCGUCGUCUCCGGGACGCCGGCAUCUACUGUCCUGCACCCAUUCUCCUACGCUCGCACGUGCUGCUGAUGGACUUCAUCGGCCGCGACGGCUGGGCCGCCCCGCGCCUGAAAGACGCCAAGAUCAGCGACAAUCGUUACCGCGAAUGCUAUCUGUACUGCGUCAAGAUGAUGCGUACAAUGUACCAGAAAUGCCGCCUAGUGCACGGCGACUUGAGCGAGUACAACAUCCUGUACUACCAGACCAAGCUCUACUUCAUCGAUGUGUCUCAGUCGGUGGAGCACGAACAUCCAAGUGCCAAUGAUUUCCUUCGUAAAGAUUGUCGAAACAUUGCCGACUAUUUCCGCAAGACUGGAGCACUGAACCCCAUGACGACGCAGGAGCUGUUCGACUUUGUCACGGACCCGCGCAUUGCUGAUGAGGAUGUGGACGACCAUUUGGAGGCGAUCCAGCGCGUGAUCGCUGAUCGCCCUGUGGAGCGUACGAAUGAAGAGCAAGUGGACGAAGCAGUGUUUAUGAGUACAUUCAUUCCUCGCUCACUGGGCGAGGUGCUGCAUUCUGAGCGUGAGCAGCUCGCGUACCAAGAGGGAACAAUGGAGAAGUCGUUGGUGACUGCAAUCUCGCGCCUCGAGGUCGAGCAGGGAACGACUCCGGCUCCAGCCAUGCGAGGCACUCGUAUCAUGGAUAUCUUGAAUGAGGGAGACGACCAGGAGAUCGAUUCUAGUGAUGACGAUAGUGACGAAGAAGAGCAGAGCGAGGGCGAUUCCGACAGCGAAUAUGAUGAUGAAGACGACGAAGAAGUGUCACCGUCCGGAAAAGUGCCUCUGACAGACGAGCAGCGAGCUGCGUAUCGGCAAGAAAAACGUGAGGAGCGCGAAAAGCAAAAGGCUCUGGACAAGUUGAACAAGAAGGCACGCAAGCAAGAAACGAAGGAGGAGAAGAAAGCCAAGCGACAGACAAAAAUCCCCAAGCAUGUCAAGAAGCGCCACAAAAAGCUGGCACACCAGAAGAAGAAAAAAUAAUUUCUCAGUAGCGAUCAACGGCUUUGCUGUAUUUUGACAAUCAAUUCGCCUCACCUUCUUCCUUCAGUUGAGCUUGCGCCUGCUGCUCCAACAGAUCAGUGCGUGUGGAUCGACCGCCUCGCAGCAUUUGAGCAGCCCAGCGACCAAUCUUGCGUCGACGCUAGUGAACACAAGGAUUCAUGUUAGUGUAUCACAUCCAUUCUGCAUGAGAACAAAGCCGCCCUUUUGUGCAGACUUACGUGGAUGUAGACAGUCGCAGUUCCCCAGCUCAUCGUGAAGUUGAGGCUCUUGACCACUUCGAAUAGUCCUGUACGCAGCACGUGCGUUGUCGAGAUGAAAAACGCGCCCUGCUUGAGCUUCUCGGCUGCCAGAGAUAUCUUGGUCCACUUCCUGAAGAAAUAGUAAAGGAUAACAAGAGGUUAGCUCUGUUUUUUUUAAUGCACUUAGCAAGUCAUUGG